CGGUGGCGGCCCCGCCCCGCCCCGGCUCUGGUAACGGCGGCGGCGGCGGUGUUCGCGCAGGCGUUGCACCUGGCGCCCUCCUCGGGGCUCCCCGUCGCCAGGACAACCGGCCUCGCCGCCGCGCCUCUGCCAUGGUUUUCUCAAGUAAUGAUGAAGCCCUCAUAAACAAAAAACUACCCAAAGAACUCCUGUUAAGAAUAUUUUCUUUCUUGGACAUAGUUACUUUGUGUCGGUGUGCACAAGUUUCCAAGGCAUGGAAUGUUUUAGCUCUGGAUGGAAGCAACUGGCAAAGAAUAGACCUCUUUAACUUUCAAACGGAUAUAGAGGGUCGUGUUGUGGAAAAUAUAUCGAAAAGGUGUGGUGGGUUCCUGAGACAACUUAGUCUGAGAGGAUGUCUUGGUGUUGGAGACUCCUCUUUAAAGACCUUUGCACAGAACUGUAGAAACAUCGAGCAUUUAAAUCUAAACGGGUGCACAAAAAUCACUGACAGCACGUGUUACAGUCUUAGCAGAUUCUGUUCCAAGCUGAAACAUCUGGAUCUGACAUCUUGUGUAGCCAUCACAAACAACUCUUUGAAAGGCUUAAGUGAGGGUUGCAGAAAUCUGGAACAUUUGAAUCUUUCCUGGUGUGAUCAGAUUACGAAGGAUGGUAUUGAAGCACUGGUGAAAGGGUGUAGUGGACUAAAAGCUCUAUUUCUUAGAGGUUGCACACAGUUAGAAGAUGAAGCAUUGAAACACAUUCAAAAUCACUGUCAUGAACUUGUAAUCCUGAAUUUGCAGUCCUGUACACAAAUUUCAGAUGAAGGCAUUGUAAAAAUCUGUAGAGGAUGUCAUAGACUUCAGUCGCUCUGUGUUUCAGGCUGUAGCAACCUUACAGAUGCUUCUCUCACAGCACUUGGUCUAAACUGUCCAAGGCUGAAGAUUUUGGAAGCUGCAAGAUGUUCACAUCUUACAGAUGCUGGUUUUACACUUUUAGCGCGGAAUUGCCACGAGCUAGAGAAGAUGGACUUGGAAGAAUGUGUUUUGAUAACUGACAGCACAUUGAUACAACUUUCUAUACACUGUCCUAAGCUACAAGCAUUGAGCUUAUCUCACUGUGAACUGAUCACUGAUGACGGGAUUCUCCAUCUGAGCAACAGCACAUGUGGUCACGAGAGGCUGCAGGUUCUGGAGCUUGAUAACUGUCUUCUCAUCACUGAUGUGACUCUGGAACACCUGGAGAACUGCCACAACUUGGAGAGAAUUGAGCUGUAUGACUGUCAGCAAGUCACACGAGCUGGAAUCAAACGCAUCAGAGCUCAUCUACCUCACGUGAAAGUUCAUGCUUACUUUGCUCCAGUAACUCCCCCUCCCUCGGUGGGAGGGAGCGGACAGCGCCUCUGCAGAUGCUGUAUUAUUCUUUGACAGUAAGUGGAACCACACAGAAAAGUUUGUUCUUGGUGUUGUUGUUGAAGAAGAGAAGGGGACUGCAAGUCAGUGGAAGGAGUCGGUUUCCUGACAGUCCUAACGCUGGUGUUUGGUCAUCCAGUUUUGUGACAAGAGAAGCCUUUGGUUUUUUUGUUUGGUUGGUUGUUUUGUUUUUUUUUCCAGGUAAAAAUCUUAACGUGAUGUGCAGCUGUGGGUUAAGUUGGUGAUGCUUUGGUUUCUGGUAGUAACUCCUUCCUUCUGUUGGCAUGAGAACUGAAGUACCGUGUAAAACGUGGGGCCAUUUCAGCCUAGCAGCUGCUUGGUGAAAGAUCACAGAACUCAGAAGUUAAUUUGCAUUUGUAAGCACCACUUGGUGUGAAGUUCUACUGUAAAAGCGGGGCUCAGGUCUGUCCCACCAAGGAACUGAAGAACCUGCUGUCCUGUCAUGUACACGCCAGAGUAAAUAUCAGGUUUAAGGACAAAUCAGCUUUAGCAGAUGUUGACCAAAACCAGUGCAAGGCAAUCAUGAGCUCUUACAGCAAAACAGCUUAUACUGUUUCAUGAUUCAGCUUCGUAUUUAAUUACACAACGGGACAUAAUAGGUAAUGUCAAAAGGUAAGAUAGUACCUCAAGCUAACUGUAUAAAUAGGAAAAACUUCCCAAGUUUUUGAACUUGGUUCAGUCAAGCUCUGUGUUAGCAUAAAGCUUGCCUGUCACUCGAAGCACGUUUUACCCCCAGUGCCAUCGGCCUUGAACAAGGGCAAGAAAUCCACUGUGGUAGAGCUUGUGCACUCUGCUGCCAUCGGCUGCCACACUCAUCCCUGGUGCUCCCUGGAACACCCCCACUCCUCUGUGUCCUCAGUUUCACCUCCUCGGGUUGUACGGGAAGGGGGCGGAGCGGUUCUGGAGGGUGUAGUGUGAAUGCUUCAGUUCUACAGGUGAGGACUGGAAACGAGGUGCAGUUCCAGGGAUGAUAAUGAUGAUAAUGAUGAUGAUGAUGAUGGAGCAUGGAAUUGAGUUCCAGCUGUUGGUCCCAGCCACUGCGGGGACACAGGAAGCAGAUGGGGGAAUAAAUACAGCUGUAGGUAGGAGGUGAACCAAACGAAAUGAAACCUGUGGUUUUCAAAAAUGUAGAAAGUCAAAUUCUUUCCAUUCGGGUUAUUUAAGGAGCUGUCAGUUUCUGAGUGGUGAUGAUGAUAAUAAUAAUAAAAUCUAUGUAUUAAGGCCAUGCUUUCAUCUUUAGUUUUUCAGUGCUAGAGGGUUAGAGAAAUAAAUUUUUUUUUAUAUUAAGCAACUUCUGAGAUAAACUACUCAACAGUUCAGAAAGCUUUUUUGUGCAAGACUGAUUGUGUGUAUGUAUGUAUUAAGAGUUCAGGGCCUGUGUGUUUAUUGAAAAUUAGUAGAAAUACUGGUUUUAAAAGCAGUUGGAGAAGCUGCUAUUGUAAUGUACUACAAUUCCCCCCCCCCCCAAAUUUUAAUCUACGUUUUGAAAGAGUGCAAACAUAAGAGACUUCUGUGGACAACAGUGGCUGUGUUGUGUUUAUGCUUCACAGAUGAUGGGGACAGUACAUUAAGGUCUCAUCUUGGAGGACAAAUUAGAGAUUAGAGUGCAGAACGUGGAUUUCUGCACUGCUACAAAAGAAGCCAAUCAGAGCUGGUUUGCACAGUAGUGAAGUGUUGCUACCAUCAUAUUUGAGGUUCCAUUAAGAUACUGCUGUAAAUGGAGAGUUUAAAGUAGAUUUUUAUUUUCAACUGUACCUGGAAAGUCUUCAGAACCAGUAUGUCAAGCUGUGUUGCCUUUUGUUGGCUCAUUUUUUUCUAAGAACGUAACGAACCUUGUAAGUCUGUUGCAUUAAAGAUGUACAACAAAAAUGGAACCUACUCUGAUAGAGGACACAUAAAUAAACAAUCAGCUGAUGUCA